AUGACCAUGUUUCCUGCACAUCAGCAAAACCUCAGAAAGAAAGAAACUUUCGCUGCUGCUGGUUAUGCUGUGGCUUGCGGUGGUGGCCGCCGUUAUUUGGAAGGUGAACAUGACGACUGUUUUAUCAGCUUAGGCGGAGGAUCGUCCGAUCUAAUGGCUGAGGAUGAAUCGAGAACCGAGAUUAGUAAUAACAAUGAAUUAGAAGCACAAGGGUCAAGCUCCAAGGCGGAUAUUCAUCAAGAGAUGAACAAAGACGACGAUGGAGGCUGGCUUCGAUUGAGUUUAGGAAGUGGCCACAUGCCCAGACCCGGCGACCAAAUAUCAUUUGGUCCAAGAUUAGUCGAGCUCGAUCUGUUACCUGGUGGCAGCGGUAGUAGCAGCGGUGGUGGUGAGAGUUCCUCAUCACAACAACUGAUGAUGCGGCCGUUCACAUUAACAGUGCCUCCUCCUCCACCUCCACCUCCACCUCCACCUCCACCUCCGCAGCUGAUGAAUUUUCAAGUUCCAGAUUAUGGAGGUCCUUUCCUCACAACAGCAGCUCCACCUACAGCCUUGUUUUUGCAACCACAGUACCGGGCUGCUGGUGAUUCAGUGCCGACGGCCAUGACUUUUACUCACCAAUACGAUUAUCUGCCACUUAGGCCUAAUUACCCGCUAAGUAUGACGACGACUUGUUCAACAACAGUACUGUCUUCAUCAGGUUCAUUAGAGCAAGCGCCAUGGCCAGGUUCAGGUUCAGGUUCAGGCUCAGGCUCGUAUCAUCAGCUGAGUGGUAGCUUAGAUGUAACUGCAGCGCGUAUGGAUAUGAGAGUGGUGGAUCCACCCCCAAGACCUCAUUCGGGAGUCUGGUUUAUGCUUCAAGCAUCUCAAAACCAAACAAAAGAACCGUAUUUACCUCAAGUUCCAAAGAGCUAUCUUAGAAUCAGCAUUCAAAUUAUAUACAUACAUAUAGAAAUAACAUGUAAAGGACAACAACUUUUACCAUUCAUGACGCUACAUCAUGUAAGAGAUAACAUAUGGCACAAUCCAAGGAGCGACGCAGUCUUUUCUCCAACUUCAACCAAUAUCGACGACCAUCUGAUGGUGUUAAAAUAUGGUAGGACUGCAUGACCAACCAAUGCAACUGUGUUUGUAACAUUGCUAAAUUAUGGGAAAUUUUUUAAAUCCCCUCAUUUUCUUUGUGGGUUUCGUUUUAUUAUGUUAUUUGAUGUUUCCUUUCUUGAUUAUUGUAGUAGCAAAUAGCAACUACGCCAUGAAAUUAAAGGGAAUCCUUUGAAGAUACCCUUAGGCCUAACAUGAUCAUGAUGUGGAUUUAUUUGGGGAUAUAUAGUUGUUAUACAUUUCAUUUAUUGAAUUGAUUGUAUUUUGU